CGCAUAACUAUUAUCCCACAUCAGCGUGCUUCUAUUCCAGAAACAUUUUCAAUUGCAUCACUUCGACUUCCAUGCGCUUAUAGAAUAUAAAUUGUCAAAUUUUCCUGGCUCGAUCAUUCCUCCGAGGGGUUGAGGAUAUGAUCUCGACUGGAGAAAACUCCAGCGUAGAAUGGACAGUUUCAAGAUGUUUUCGCCUACUUCGUCCCAUCGUUUCAAGGAAAUCUGCGCUUCGUUCUGAGCCUCUUGCUGAGGUGAAGAAACGAGAUCAGGAGUCACAGACUGCGCCAUUAUUCACACGCCAUAAAUUUGGUGAUAGUCCUGGCCCAAGACAUGAUCCCGACUGGGUAACAGGAAAGCGCCACAAGGCCGUGACACGACAAUACGCUAGACAAGCGCACCGCGUUUCCUCCGCUCCCAAAUCUCAGCACUCGGCUGGAGCCUUUUCCAUCCCCACACCUGUUGUUGCCCGAAUUAGAGGUGUUGGAGCAACACGUAGCGAGGGCAGUCUUGACCAGAAUUUCGAGCAUUCGCUUGGUCGAGAUAUAUUCAACGAAAAGUUUGUUUCUCAAUCGGACGAGUUAAACUUCAGAUCUCAGAAGCUAGUUAGAGGCACGCUCGACCUGAUUGAGGCCACCAAUACCUGCGCAACUCUAGAUGCACAACAUGCCUUCUUCCCAGAAAUGGGCCCGAGAUCACUUCGGGCUAUGUGCUGUCGACGAUAUGCACGUCAUGUCGUUGAACUUGAAGAUCAACAAGAAACCCUAGCCGCAGAGAGCAGGUUUGACGUAGCGACAGAAGCCUACUCGCUUCUUCAUGAAACAUUUCAAAUCGGUUCGGACGAUUACUUGAGAGCUGUUUCUCGGGAAUACGGUCUUGCGCUGUUCGAGAAGAUGGUGAUUAACUCUCAAAUUCCUCGAUCUCAUGUUCUAGCGCUUCUUCGGCGGAUGAGAAAUCCUCAGCACUCACGCCUCAAACACGCUUCAAGUGCAGAGGUUGAGUCCAUUACCAACACUCUAUUACGUUCGAUCACUCCAGACAAGCCUUGCUGCAGUCGCGACAAUACAUUCGCGCACUCUUUCAACACAGUCGCGGAGAUAUCGAGCCAAUUUGACGUACGAGGCAGAACGUCAUUCGAAUUUCGGCAAUUUGGCAUUUUGGCUAGAUCAGUGCUUCCAGUCUGCUGGUUCGGAUCACGUCGAUUGACGGCACUUUGGAUGAGCGUUUAUCAUGCAUUCAUGGAUCCUGGUAAAGACUUCCAUGAACGUCUAGAUUUGGUCAGAGAUGUUUCGAACUUUUUGAACACUGUCCUAUCACUUGACUGCGCCCAAGAGGAACCGAAAUCCUCAAAGAAGCGACUAUUGACAAGCGCGGCAAUACCAGACUACUACGAUAGCGGUCUGGGAUGUCCGAAAUGCCCAAAAAUGUUGCCCCGCGCGAAGUUCAUGAAUAUAGGGCCGCCGCAGCAGCCUCACGCAGCGGCAAACAGUCGCUCAAGCAAGAAGCACUUAAAUAUGUCGCUGAACAACUCGUUUUCCAGCAUUUUUGCCAUUCUGGGGUCAUUUACCAUAUGCGCAACGUUACAUCCUCAAGAACUGCCCAAAGCCGAGCCAGUUCCGAUAAUUCGCUUACUCGGGUCUCUCUCGCUCGACAUCCUGCUCUCCCCGGUUUUCGACGGGGAAAUAUCUGAUGACUCAGUUCUGGAGCGUUUUGCUAUAAUACUUGCCACUACACUUCUAGUUCACGUGUUGCAGCGGCCUUCUCCCGGGGAGAAACAAGCCGUGCAUAUUAGUGACUUGAUCGAUGGCUUAAGAGCUAUUGAUCGGUGCUUGCGAGUGAACGCAGAGUACGGACGUGCAACUGUCGAGAUUUUGCCAGAGUUGCUCUAUUCAGUGUCUCGAACCUCCGCCAAGCUACUUGGAAACGACGGUUUUGAAGUUUUGUCGACUUUGGCUGAAUUUUUAUCAUCCUCGCCAAUACUAGAGGACAUUUCAUACUCGAAACGGCAGUUCUUGGCAGACCUCGUCGUAUCCAGUACACGUCUUUUCGCCGCACGGCUUGGCUCCCAUGAAGCUGAGAGAUUGGCUGAAACGCUUGAAAACUCGUGGCACGGUCAAAGGCACUGUCCCACUAGAGACACUCCAUUCAAAGCGACACCGUUGCCCAGACGCGAUAGAGAAGGGCUGAAGUGGGAGGACAGUAUAGGCGAAUGGAUCGAAGCAGGACCUACCUCCGUUGACCCUGUCAUCCAUAUGCUGGCAUCGUGUCGGCGCUCUGUAGUGCUGCCUACGGAUCGCAGUCGAUCAAUAGAACAGACCGUGAAUAGAUAUCACGGAAUAAAUCUCACGGUAUCUGGUAAACCUUGCUCUGAUAGAAGCAGUGCUUGUAAUCAGGGAUCUCGCAGCGGUGACGUGAGAGAUGCAAACAUAUCAUCACUCCUCCUGUCACCAAGCACUCGAGAAAGCUCUUCCCCGGCCCCAAUUCAUCACAUCGAUAGCCGCAUUCAAUCAAAUGCUCUUCAAGAGCGAAUAGCUUUGGUUGAACGGACCAACAUGGCUGAAUCCAAGUCAAUCUUGACUUUCCCAAAUCAGAAAAAAACGACAAAUCGGCACGGUCCUUCUUUUUCGAAACGGUGUUAUGCAAAUAGUAGCGAUAUUGAGUUUGAUGACGAACUUUCACUGACAUGGGUACGAAAGAAGCCUCGGAUAGUCGAUGUUUUGGGAAGUAGCAAAGGCUUCCAGUUGGACGAGGAAAUGGAUGAGCUUGUUUACUCAAGUGAUCCACAUUGUGCGACAUCAAACAACGUCAAGAAGUCUAGAGUGGUUUCGCGGCGCAACCCUCGGGGCAGGCUCCUAAUAAGUUCGCGUACGAAAGUGACGCUAGGCAAGUAUUGUCGUCCAACUAAAUUGAAAAGCUUGGACGAUGAGAUCGGUUUGGAGUGGCUAUGACAAUAGCGCAGGCACUCUCUUUAGAGCAUUCUCAACAUGUGACUAUUGGAAUGUAGGAGCCUAAGGACGGCGACGACUAUUUGCAAAUUACUACGAUUUCCUUUGAGACUCAAAACAGUUGUUCGAAAACACGUUGAAAGUGAUGGGCUUUUGACGUCUUCGCUGUAGUCGUGCAAUAAUUAAAUUACGGAACGAAUAUCAUUACAAGCAGCAAACAGCUUAGUAUCCGAGCUGACGUCUAUUUACAAAAAGAGUCAUAGAUCGAAUACGUUCUCUGAGACUCCUGCAAGUCGUUCCUGAAGUAAGAUUUG